AUGAGUCAACCAUCAAUCCUUACGAUCGAUCAGAUCCCAGGGAUAGUCAGUUCGAUGGGAUCUCGCGAGAAGGCAAUAUCUGUCGUCGGCGAGCUUGCAUUGAACUUUUCUACCUUAAAAGAAAAUACUAUUUCUAUUCCUCCAACAUUUGUUAUUACUUCAGAGUCAAAAAGCAUACUUUCGAAUAAUAAAGGUCAUUUAACAGAAGCCUUCUGGCAAGAAAUCCUUAAAACAAUCAGAGAAUUCGAUGAUAGAACAGGAGCAAAGUACGGAAACAAAAAUCCAGCCUUUUACAAUGUAGUUGGUGAGAUACCAGGAGUAUCAAUUGUUAACCUCGGUUUUAACGAUUUUACAGUUCACGAACUCGAAAGACAAACAAAUAACAAAGCAUUUGCUUAUAAAGCAUAUUCAAGAUUAGUUGCAUCAUAUGCAGCAUUAGUUCACUCGAUUCCAUCCGAAUUAUUCGAUGAAACAAUGAAACAAUUCAUGGUUGCAAGAAAUAUCUCCGCAAUUAAAGAUUUCUCAGCACUCGAAUGGAUCCAAAUUACCAAAUUAUUCAAAGGCAUCUUCGUUCAUUACGUCGGACGUCCAUUUCCUCAAGAUCCAUACGAACAAAUCAAAAAUGCCCUCGAAGCAGUCUUAAACUCUAAAUAUACAAUCUCCAAGCAAAAGUAUAUUGGCAGAAUCAACACAGAUUUUGUUCCUACUGCUCUUAUUCAAAGAGUAUAUUUCGGAGGAAAAGAUUCUCAUUCGUCUGUUGUUAUUUCCUCAACGAACGAAUUACAAACAGGUCGCUGCCAAAUCAGCGGUAUCUAUUAUCCGCAAUGCGAGCUCUUUGACAUAAUAAAUGGAUAUUUCCCACCAAGAUCUCUUGAAGAUUUCGCAGAAUCAUAUCCGAAACCAGGUGAACUAAUCAAAUCCCAGAUGUUCCAGAUCUCUUCCCUCUUUAAUCAUGCGAUGACAGCUCAUUUCGUUGUAAAUGACGACAAACCAGUCGUUAUGAACAUCGAAAAGACACAUUUCUCAUGUACAAUCGGUUGUGUUGCCGCGAUGAACCUUAUUGAAUCCGGAAAAGAUAAACUUGAAGUCAUCAAAUCGAUGAUGCCAUGUGAAUUAUCAUCAGUCAUAUCCUCACAAGUGAAGAGUGGUUCAGUUAACUAUUUCUGUCGUGGUCUUUCAGGCGCAAAUGGUGCAGUUGUUGGCCGUGCAUCACUUUCAAAUGAAGACUGUUUAGCACGAGUUUCACAAGGUGAGAAAGUUGUUCUUUUCAAACACUCUGUUACACCUGCAGAUCUCGAUGCAGUUCUUGCAGCUUCAGCCGUUGUCACUGAGAGUGGUUCUGAUUUCUGUUUCGCAUCAAUUCUCACACGAUCACUUGGUAUCCCUGCAGCUAUUGCAUGUGGUGAUUUAAGUAUCGAUGCAACACGUGGUGAAAUUGUAGGAAAUGGAAUAACACUUAAUGUUGGUGAUGAAGUAACAGUUGAAAACGGAGGUGUAUUCUCAGAAAGACAAGAACUAACUAUCGCACAAGUUAGUGAAGAAUCCCAACCUCUUGUUAAUUUACUCAAAGAACUUCGUUCUAAAUGCGGUUUCCACAUUUUAAGCAGCGCUAACAACAGCGAAGAAGUUAAAGCAUCAAUCGAAUGUGGUUGUGAUGGAAUCGGAUCAUAUAAUAUUGAUUCUAUUUUCGAGAUCGAAGAAAACAAACAGAAAUUGAUUGAUUUCUUGAUCGACAUUGAUAACAAUGAGAAAGAAAAAGAAGUUAUGCGUUUAAUCAUGGAUAAUCUCACAGAAGCAAUGUCGCAAUCACCAAAUCAUAUAUUCACAAUCAAACUGUUAACAAAUGGAAUUGGUUUCUAUCUUCCUAGUGCUGUUGAAUCGACGAGAGAUGUUGCAGAAUUACGUGUUCGCAAACAAUACGAAAAAGAUUUCAACCGUGAUGAAGAGCUUGAAAGUAAAAUCAAGCAGUUAGAACUUGUUAAGAAGUACGGCGAAUCUAAUCCACUUAUGGGAUUGCGUGGUGCAAGACUUUCCAUCAGACAUCCAAAGGUUUUCGAUGUCCAAGCUAAAGGUCUUUACGGUGCAAUUGUCAACACGAACAGGAGUGAAGAAUCACCACGUGUUCGAAUCAUGGUUCCUCUCAUGUCUGUGGGUAAUGAACUCAAACACAUCGAACAACGUCUUGGAAAAAUCUGUGACUGUGGAAUGGUUGACAUCGGUCCACUCUUUGGAUCACCACGUUCAUGUCUCGCAUCUGGAGAGUUCUUAAACAUCAGCAACUUCAUGUGUGUCGAUGUCAAAGGUCUUCAGGAGACAACAUUCGGCAUGACAGAACGUGACGCGCGUCGUACAUUCCUCCAGGAAUACGUCGACUGGAGAAUCAUCGAUGAUAGUCCAUUCGAUUCAGUUGAUUUUGAUGGUGCAGCACAACUGAUCAAACACGCAGCAUCAAAGUCAACAGACGAAACACCAGUCGGUGUCCUCGGUGACUUCAUCGGAAGUAAGACAGACAUCAUCAACUUCAAGAAGUUCGGAUUGAGUUACAUCAUUUGCAGUUCAUCGAAAGUUCCAUUAGUUUCUCUUAGCUGUGUUCAAACAAUAUAA